AUGUCGUCUGAAGGCGUCUCCAGCGUGGACAGCGAGCCUCGACACAGGACGAACGACAGCAUCGGUGGAUGCCUCGAGGCUGGUGAACGCGCGGACGAGUGGUCGGCGGUUACGGACAGAGUGCUCGUGGGGGUCGUAACGGCGAACAAGACGGGCACCUGCGGCGUAAGGAGCGACAAGCUCGGCGCCGACGAAGACAGCACCCACGACAACGAAGCCAACAACACAGCUGACGAUGGUGAUGGUGGCCUCGGACUCGGCGACGGCUACAGGGACGUCAGCACGACAACAGCCGGCCACGGAGAGUCAGGGAGUGAUAGUUGA